AUGCCAUACGACUCAACUAUAACCUUCACUCUUGACACAAUAUGUCCCUGGACAUACAUCGCCUUCGUCCGCCUCAAUAAAGCCCUCAACGCCUAUCGCUCCGCUAACCCAGACUCCCCCGCCAAAUUCACCCUCAAGCUCGCCCCCUACCAACUCUACCCGGAUUUCUACCAAGACGGCAUCGACAAAUACGAAUGGUACAAGGAGAAAAAAUACAAUGGCAGCGAUGAGCGAAUGAAAAUGUACGCGCAUUACAUGGGACUCUCGGGGAAGGCAGAGGGUAUAAAGUUUGAUUUCGAAGGUGGAACCAUAAGCAAUACACUGCAUGCACAUCGCAUAUUGUACUGGCUGCAGAAUACCAAAGGAUCGGAUGCUGCGGUCAAAGCCGUGCGUAGUCUUUACAGUCAGUAUUUUGAACACAGAGCUGAUCCCACGGGGAGCGAAACACUGGAGAGGGCGUGUGUGGCUGCUGGGUUGAGCGAGGAUGAGGCGAAGAAGGUGGUGGGGGAUCAGGAGGAGGGAUUGCGUGAGGUUAAGGCUGCUAUUAUGGAACAGGUGGGGAAUGGGGUGGAUAGUGUGCCGUAUGUUGUGUUUGGGGGCAAGAAGAGGGAUUUUACGCAUGUUGGGGCGAGGAGUGUGGAGGAGUAUGUUAAGGUGCUUGUGCAGGUUGAGAAGGAGUGUGCUUGA